AUCCAGACAUAUGAUUAACAAAAACAAAAAACCACAGGGGGAGAGAGGAAAUGUUACAUGCAAAAUUAUGUACCAUCUAUAUCUAAUGAAAUGAUGAGUUGAAUGAUUUGGAAAGACUCAACGACUCUUCACCAGAUGUUAUUGAAGAACCUGGAGAACCUGUCAGGAAUGAAGUGGAACAUUUGUGGCCUCCUGCUCAUUUUAUCUGUCCCCUUCUGCAUAUCUGUAGGACCUUUUUCUAAGCCCUGUAAUAAAACUAUCAACUACUUAUGUCCUAUUCCUGGCAGCACUUCAAAUAAAGCUGGAAAUAUGGAUAUAUUUAUCCUGGGUAGAGAUGGUUUCAUGGGAUACUUGAAAACAGGUUUAUGCAAUAAUGUUACAGUGAACCUGUCCACUAGUCUGUGCUGUUCCAAUGGAUCGUCAGUAAACACUAACCAACAACUACUCAGCAUGAACGUUUUUUCAUUUGAAGAAAAUACAGCCUGUGCAAAAGACACUUUGCCAACAAACAGCAGUGAUUGUAAGUGGACCAAUAAAACCAGUACAUAUUUUAAGGAAGAUGCAUGUAACAUGACCUGCCUGAAUCCCACUAAGACAUGUCAGGAGGCAAAAUAUGAUUCCAAUUGUAGUGAUAUAAAUGCACGUGAAGCAAGUAAAAUUAACAGCAUUGAGGUCAAUAAUACAAAUCCAACUUGUUUUAAGUGUGGAAGUCCUUUUCAAGUGGUGAAAGAAGUCUCCUUACCCAAAGGAAUGUCAGAUAAAUUUAAUCCUAAUAAAACAGAAACAGAUGCUGGUGCAGCUGCUGAGGCCAUGAAAAAUCUCUCCAGUAUUCUGUCUAUGAUGGAGAAUUUGACCACUGCCUCUAUAUCCAUGGGUAGCGUUAAAGGGAUUUUAAAGAAAAUUCCAACUGAGUCCGAAAUCAAGACGUCUUACUUCAUCUACUCUUCAGAAACUGGCAUCAGAGUUUUAGAUGAUGUGACUCAACUGGAAAAAUUUCCCAUUGCUUUCAGUAUUCCAGAGGAAGCCGCUAAGAAAGCACUCAAACAAAACCCAGGAAAGACUUUUUUGGGUGUGUUCCGCUUUCCCAACAUGUCAAAGGAUGCAGAGAACAGUACAGUUUUAAAUGAUGAGGUUUAUGCAAUCGAAAUGGGGGCAAACAUUUCCAAUCUGAGUGACACCAUCAGCUUGACCUUCAAAAAAGAUCAGACGGACAGAAUUCCUGUUUGUAAAUCAUGGGAUGGAAACGGACAUCAGCCAAACUGGACAACCGAAGGGUGUAGUAACUUUUCAACAAAUGAAAUUGUAAUAUGUACAUGUAAACACUUGACUUUCUUCGCUGUGCUCAUGACCCCUCCAGGACCCAUUUCCAAAACUCACCUCGACGCUCUCACCUACAUCACCUACAUCGGCUGUGGCCUCUCCUUGUUUUUCCUGUCCAUUGGGCUUUUUAUGCACUUCCUCCUGAGGAAAGUGAAGGCCACAGAUUCAGUCCAUGUGCUGAUUAAUCUCUUCGUGGCACUGUUCCUGCUCAACGUGGCUUUCUUGUCGAAUGAGUACGUAGCGCGUGCAAAGGACAUCACUGCCUGCAAGGUCAUGGCUGGAUUCAUGCACUACUGCUUGCUAUCCAGUUUCACCUGGUUUGCAUUGGAGGCUUUUCACCUCUGCAUGCAGAUGGUCAAACAUUCAGUCACCAUCAAACAUUACAUCAUCAAGAUCUCUCUGGUUGGCUGGGCUCCUCCUGCUCUUGUUGUCAGUAUCAUUUACGUCUUUGGCAAAUAUGGUGAGCAGACCAUAAAAACGGAAACAAGCAAUGUAACUAUGUGCUGGAUUUUGGACUCUGAUGUCCACUACUAUGUGAACAUCGGUUAUUACUGCUUCAUCUUCAUCUUCACUUUUACCACCUUCAUUGUUGUGCUGCGAUGGCUCUCCAUGCUGAAGCUGGGCAGGUUGAACAAGGUUGAAAAGGUGCAGCGCUCAAGUACCACCACUUCGGACAUCACCACCAUCCUGGGCCUCUGCUGUAUGCUGGGACUCACCUGGAGUUUGGCCUUUUUCAGCUACGGAGCUCUGCGUCUGCCCUCAUACUACAUAUUCACCAUCCUGAACUCCUUACAAGGAUUCUUCUUGUUCAUAUAUUACUUGAAAGCAAGCAGCCUCAUAGGAGACUCGGUAGCUUCAGAAGAGAGCGACAUGACUGAAGACACCAAUACAGAAAAUCCAUACGAAGACCUGCCCACAGAAGACACCAAAAAAACCACCUGACCUCUAAGUCUGUGGAUUUUAAAUGUCUUAUCUGCCUAUUGAUAUUUUACAUCCAUUUGUGUAUUAUAGUGAGUCAAUCCACUGCAAAUUUUGUAACAUGUAACUAUUUCUGAACUUUCAAAAUUUAAGAAUUUGCACUCUUUCAGUUCAUGAGUUUGAACUGUAUUGAAUUGCAUUUUAAAGAAAUUCAAAGCAGAUGAAUUGUAUAAGUCCAAAACAAGUUUGAGACAAAAUAAAAAUAAUGAUAAUAAAUAAUAAUGUAUAAUAUAAUAAAAUCUGCUGUAUAUUUAGCUUUAAUUACUACAUUUUCUUGGAAAGACUGCUACAUAUGUAACUGAAUUUCAUAAUACGAUGCUACCAAUGUAUUUGUCUUUACAUUAUAAUUUUAUGCAUAGAUACAUAAUGCAUAAAUAAAUACUGUUUACUGUAUAGUAUAUUCUAUCAUGAUUAAAAAAAAUGCUAAAAGGUGAUAGUUAUUAUAUAGUUUUUAGUCAGUUCAGUAGGUGUAUUUUCUGUCUUUAAUUGAUAUUAGUAGUUUCUGAGCAGCUCUACAGGUUUAACUUUCUCUUGUGCUUCCAUUAUAUCUGUGUGUACAUGCGUUUUACUGAUGACCAGUCACAUAAACUCGGUAAUAAAAUAACG